GCGAACAAAUUACGCGAGGAUCAAGCUGUUGAGAGAGACGUCACGACGGCGAUUCGCCGUUCGAGCGACGCGAUGUCGACGAAACGUCGACUCCGAAUGUGUCGCGCAUCGCGUGGGCGUCCUGCCUUCCGUGUCUCUCCGUUUGCCCACGCUUCCGUAUUAAUAGUUUAUUUAUGCGUUCCGUCGCGGUUGUCUCCUGGCGACCCGCAAAAAAAAAAAAAACGCAAUCUUCGCGAGAGACGUUCAGUGCCACGAAACGGAGCGUGCCAUGUCGCGUCAACGACUCAGCGUCGUUGCCUAAAUCUUUGACAGUCGUUAUCAGCUGCUUGAUAACUUGCUCGAUCUUACGCCUAAUGUCAAGCGUGAUUCAUGUUUCCUUCCCGAGACAUAUCCCUCGCGCCUUUUGUUCAGAAUUAUCUGUACAUGUGUAUACGUUGCAUAAUGUAAUUGCAAAGGACAAAUUUUGGAGCGUGAGAAUUUAAAUGAGAUUUUAUAUGUCUGGUGAGAUUGCGAAAUUAAUAAACGUCAAUAUGUCGAUCCAGGAGGUGGCGAAAGUGGAGGAACAUUGAUAUGCGCUGGUUGUCUUAAUGCUAUCGAUGAAGAUGAAUUUAUACAGGCGUUGAAUCAAGAAUGGCAUAUCGAUUGUUUUCGGUGUUCUGCAUGUGACAUUGGCCUAUCCUCCUGGUAUUUCGAGAAAGAUGGUUUGUUAUUUUGUAAAGACGACUAUUGGGCUGCUUACGGUGAAGCAUGUCAAGGUUGCGGCCAGAUUAUCACUGGUCCUGUCAUGCUGGCAGGAGAUCACAAAUUUCACCCAGAAUGUUUUGCUUGUACUUCUUGCGGUGCUUUUAUCGGAGAUGGCGAAAGUUACGCGCUGGUCGAACGCUCCAAAUUGUAUUGCGGAGUUUGCUAUAAACGACAAAUGCAACCGCUCAACAGGACAGCAAACUAUCCAUUCGCCAGGAAGCCACACAGUAUCAGGCUAGUCGAGAUACCUCCUAGCACCACGGAUCCGGAUAAACAGAGAGGAAUCAAACUCACGUUAGACACAGCUCCCAGUCCUCGUAGCUGCGGCGCUUUGUUGCGUAUCUCAGAGUUAAUGAGAAAUGUUCGUGGAAAGAUCAGUAAGCUGCUGGCCUCUGUGAUGGAGGUUCUAUUUAGGCUAUGCUGCCACUUCUCUAAUCAUAGAUUAAACAUGUCCAGUGAUCUUAUAUCGUUACAUAUUGGCGACCGGAUUUUGGAGGUGAACGGCACUCCUGUUAAAGAUCAGCCGGUGGAGAGUAUCGAAAAUCUUAUACAGUACUCGGAUACAGUCCUACAGCUGACUAUCGAACACGACCCAGAUGCUGUGUCACGAAGGCCUACGUUCUCCUCACCGUCCUCGGCGAUGUUAACAUGCGUCGGCAGUCCCAGAACGAGUCCCGAAGGCAAAGAACGACUUUUUAAACGCCGCGACGAAGGCUACAUCAGCGGUGCGCGAAGCCGGCAAUUGCGAAGAACGAGAGACCCGAUGCACAAGGAACGCAGCAGUUCUAUGUCGCGAUUGCUCGACGGAUCUUCUCCGAUGAAUCCGACUUGUGAUUUGAGCCGUACUAGAUCUUUCCGCGUAGAGCCAAAGAAUCAGAGAAUAUUUCGUGCUAGCGAUCUAGUGAAGGGCGAGCUUCUGGGCAAAGGAUUUUUCGGACAAGUAUUCAAAGUCACGCAUCGCGACACGGACGAAGUGAUGGUUCUCAAAGAAUUGUACAGAGUAGACGAGGAUGCACAGAAGAAUUUUUUGAAGGAGGUUGCGGUACUGCGCUCGUUGCACCAUAACAACGUCCUUCGCUUUAUCGGUGUUCUUUACAAAGACAAGAAACUACAUUUGGUUACCGAAUACAUAGCAGGUGGCACGUUAAGAGCCCUGCUGCACGAUACGAACGAACCGCUGCCGUGGGAACAGCGUACGUCUUUCGCGAAAGACAUUGCUGCCGGCAUGGCUUACUUGCAUUCUAUGAAUAUCAUUCAUCGCGACCUGAAUUCACACAAUUGUCUGGUUCGCGAGGAUAAGACUGUGGUGGUGGCCGAUUUCGGCCUGGCGAGGAUCAUUCAGAACGGCAGUUCGCCGGACAGUCGCAAGUACAAUCGACAUUCCGACGGGGAGGUGAAGACUACGAAGAAGGAGCGGAAGAAGCGAUACACGGUCGUUGGGAAUCCCUACUGGAUGGCGCCUGAGAUGAUGAAGGGCAACAAGUACGACGAGAAGGUGGACAUAUUCAGUUUCGGCAUUGUCGUCUGCGAGAUCAUAGGCCGGGUUCAGGCGGAUCCCGAUUAUCUACCUAGAUCGUCGGAUUUCGGCUUGAAUCAAAAUGUCUUCAAAGAGAAAUUCUGUUCGAAUUGCCCGGAAACUUUCUACAUGAUUGCGUUUCUUUGCUGCGAUUUGAAUCCCGACAAGAGGCCACCCUUCGAAGUUAUGGAAGUCUGGCUAGAAGGAUUGGCCAUGCACUUGUCGGUAGGCGCUGAAUUGCCGGCGGAUCUGGAUUAUGACAUCAGAAAUUAUAAGGGACCGAGUCCGAGCAGCAGUGAGUCCACGACUCCGGAAACUCUCGCGCCGCAAUUGAGGCCUAUCAAAGAGGGUCAAGUCCAUCAGGAGAAGAAACGAUCCAGCGGCUGCGACGAUAGCACGCUGGAACGUGAGGUGGAGUCGGUGCCGGGCAACGUACAACGUGCGCCCGAUGUUGUGAGUCCGCGCAGCAGGUACGCGAGACAAAACAGCAAGACCAGCGACAAUUCCGGCAAUGUAGGCCGUUACUCGAGACAAAAUUCCAAGUCGAAGGAUCUCGCGGCCGACAAGGAGAAGCCCGACAUCGUGAUUUCGCCCGAUUCCAGCGGCCGAUAUUUACGGAGCAACAUCAAGCUGAAGGACGCGUCUCCCGACAUCCCAAACACCUACGCUUAUUCGAAGCAGCAAGCAUACCCGAGGCAGAUCGACUCGAGCGAGCGCAACCUGACUCGAAUACCCACGAUAGAAAAAAUCAAGUACGUGGGAUGCGCGAGCCCGUCCAGCAUUUCCGACGUUCCGGAGUAUAUAAUCGAUAGCAAAGGCUCAUAUAAGAUCAACAAUAGCCUAAAGCAAAAGCCGACGGACAAAUUGAAUGAUACGAGCGCUCACAAGACCAAAUCAGAGAGCAAAUUCAAAAUACCGGACGCUGCGAGUUCCGUUGGCUCGUAUCUGAGGCAAAUUGGGAAAUCUAUCGGCGCUGUGGAGAAGGAAAAUAAGGCGAUCAAUAACCGAAACGGUGGUAUCAAUUGCAGCGACACCGACUCAAAGAAAGCGGCUGGAGAAGGUGUGACAAAGUCAUCCACGGGGUAUCUGCGAAGAACGAAAAUAUCACCGACCAAGGAGACGUCGAAGAACAACGCCUUUUCUACCAAAGAGACCGUCAAAGACAAGAUCGACGCAGUUUCGCCGUUGCUGAAAGCCGCGAAGUCGAAGGUUCCACCGAACUGCCAAGAGGCAGUCGCGAGGAACGAAGAUAUCAAAGGUAGACUAUCUAGACAGGAGAGCAAUGUGUCCGACGUCGGUAGCAUUCUGUCCAGGCAAGGUAGCCUCACGGUGUUAGAAAGCUCUUCGAAGUCUAAAGGCACGGCCUACGAGGAUUACUCGCCAUUCAACAUCUUUGCGAAGGAUGACUUCCGCAAGGAGAACAGCUUCAGGAAACAAGGCCUCUACCAUACGGACAGCCUUUAUUCCAACUCCAGCGUCUCAAAGCAGGAUGAUUUCAUUAUACCUAACAAACGAAACGCGAGUAACGAUGGCGACUGCAGCAUCGUGGGAACCAAAGCGACGAGCGAUGCUUCCAAGAACCCGAUGGUGAUCUCAAAGUCCGUUUACGGCGGCGACUUGAAAGCGAUGCCGGACUGUCUGGCCGACUAUACUGACGGCUGUUACAAGGGUGUCGACAUAUGCCGUCAGGAUAGCUUCGGUUCCGACAGCGCCGUCGGCACCAUGAAGAGUGACUUCUUUACGGACGUCGAUUUCGCGCAGAUGAGAGACGGCCGGCACACACCGAAUCUGUGCCAUACCCCUGAUAGGUGCUGCACACCCAAUCGCCGGACCUCGCCGAUCGAGAGUACCGCUUUGUAGACGAGAGAAACGCCUCUGUGUCCGCGGCAUGCGGAAUUUUACGGAACAUCGAGAUAACGUGCGUAAUCCCCGACGAGAUGAAUCUCACUCUACUAAUAUGAUCUCUAUUCAUAAUGUUAAGAUCAUGAACAUGUAACGUGCUUAGUUUGCAGUAUUAACUUUUUUGUAGAAUUUACCAUUGUCAUUUUACCAUUAUCUUAAGUGCGUUCAGCGAGAAACUAUUGAACUCGUAUGUUGACUUUUAUCAUGAUCGCGAUGCGAAAUUUAGAACGAAAGUAUCCUUUCUCAAUGACAUCCCGAAUGGGAAGUUUUCGACAAUAUAUCUGUAUUUUUCUCGUUCCUCGUUGAUGAAACCGCGCAUUCGAAGUUGACGAAAUGUAUGAUGAGCGGAAAUUCAGACUUCAGAGUAUUCCCGUUUGAUAUUGAAAUUGAAAAGUUGUCCCACGUUAAAGUAAGUUACGAUAACGCCAUAAUCAGUAUUAAUGAAUUUCGUUUGUUAUCAGUUUACACGAAUUUAGGCCGCAAUGACGCAUCGAUCUUAGCUAGCCGUAAGCAUUUUUACCACAUUCCUGCGAGGUCUUGCCACGUGGUUUUUCAAAGUGGGGUUUGCGCGAUAAAACGCGAGUCCGACACACACAAGAGCAUUCCAUCCAAAAUACUAACGCCGAGAUUUUAUAUACAUAUAUACACACAUACGGUACUAUAUGUUAGAGCGGCACCGUGAAUACGACAAAUUGUGCGACCUGUGAAUCCUCACGACGACGUAGAAUCAAAAGAAACUGUCAAAAACCGAAGCACAUGGUGCAAACAUAUUAGCCCCGGAAGCGUACGUGGUCACGAAUGUUUCUUUUAAACAACUGUAAACACGUCACACACACACACAGCUUCAGUUUCUUGUAGAAUAGAAUGUAAAGAUAGAAUAUUAUAUCUGUUUUCGGAUAUACAUAUAUAUAUAUACAUAUACAUAUAGAUGUACAUCACAGUGUAAAAUAUUGUAUACGUUUGUACUACUGAUGUACAUAUACGGAUAAUCGCUAUAUAUAUAUAUAUGUAUGUAUAAAUACGUGCAUAUAGAUAUAUACAUAUACAU